AAAGCAUUUUGGAAAAAGGUGUAUGAGAGAACACUUUUCACAUUUUUAAUGAUCGGUGGAUUCGUAUUUUUGCUCUUACUUGGACAUCCAUACAUGAUCAUUCUCGUAUUGACGAUGCAAGUCUUGGUCUAUCGCGAAGUGACUGCGUUAUUCAACAUUCCAGGUCGACCAAGUGUUACUGGAGGAGCACCGAAACGUGGAUUUGUGAGCAAUGGUAGUAGUCGCGUCAGCAGUGCAGCUCAAAGUGAAGACGAAGAUGAUGAUGGAGAAGGAAGAAGAAAGGAAGAGCUUUGGAGCAAGACGUUGAGUUGGUACUUCUUUGCUGUCAGCAAUUAUUUCUUGUAUGGUGAAUCGCUCAUCUACUACUUCAAGCACAUCGUCUUUGUUGACGCAUACUUUAUCCCAUUCGCACGUCAACAUCGUUUCUUGUCGUUUAUGCUAUACAUCUUUGGAUUCAUGGCUUUUGUCAGCGGACUUCAACGUGAUAAUCUCAAGCAUCAAUUCGGUCUAUUCUGUUGGGUGCAUAUGAGUCUGCUAUUGAUCGUAUAUUCGUCUCACUUUAUGGUCAAUAACAUUUUGGAAGGAUUAAUUUGGUUCUUUGUUCCUGCAAGCUUGGUGAUCUGCAAUGAUGUUUUCGCUUACGUUUGUGGGAUGAUGUUUGGACGGACGCCAUUGAUCAGUUUGAGUCCAAAAAAGACCGUUGAAGGAUUUGUUGGCGCAUUUAUUGUUACGGAAAUUUUUGCAUUCUUUUGGGCAAGUAUUUUCCAAAGAUUCAAGUAUAUGAUCUGUCCUGCUGUUUCAUUGGGUAUGAAUGCAUGGUCGAAUAUUCAUUGUGAGGUAAAUCAGGUUUUUGCUUGGCAUGCUAUGCCUUUACCACCUGCACUUGCACAAUCUCUCAAUUCGCUCGUUUCACCAAUUGUUGAAGCUAUCAGUGGAAAGAGUGUGGUGAUUGCCGAUCUACCUUAUACGCAUUUCCAAUUGCAUGCUCUUGUAAUGGCAGCAUUUGCAAGUUUAGUGGCACCAUUUGGAGGAUUCUUUGCAAGUGGUUUCAAACGUGCUUUCAACAUCAAAGAUUUCGGUGAUAGUAUUCCAGGACAUGGAGGAUUAACCGAUCGAUUCGAUUGUCAAUUCAUCAUGGGUUUGUUUUCGUAUGUUUACUAUUCUUCCAUCAUUCGUGAACAUCAUGUUACCGUUGGAUCGGUUUUGCAAACAGUCGUUACCCAUUUGACAACGGAAGAUCAAGCCGAGUUAUACCGCGAAUUGACAAGAUAUCUACAAGGACAAGGAAUUAAA